AUGGAGAAACCAGAGAACAUUUUCCUCAAAAAGAGUUUUGUAGCCAUUACCGGAGCCAGUAGAGGAAUUGGUAGAUGCAUGGCCCUGAAGUUUGCGGUCAAGUUCCCUCCAAAUUCCGUCUUGGUACUGAUGGCGAGGAAUAUGAUGGCUUUGGAAAGCGUCAGGACGGAUUUGCAAGCAAGGGCUCCCAAUAUAACGGUAUUAGUUCAACAGUAUGAUCAAGGAAAAACUGAUGAAGGAUAUUUUAAUGGAAUAUUUGAUAGUUUGCUCACUGAAAGCAAACUUUCAAAGGGCAAAGCUGCCCGUGAUAUGUUUUUCCGAGUUCUUUCUGCCGAAGAACCAUCUAUUCGGGUUCUGACAUACGCCCCAGGUUGGGUUGACACAGACAUGUUGCGAGAUCUAGAAGCAAAUUCAUUCUCAACUCCAAUCCGUAAAUUGGUAAAUGGCCUGCGUGAGAACGGCGAAAUAGUGGCACCGGAGGAAUCUGUUGCCGUCCUUGAACGGGUACUGGAGGACAACGCGUUCGAAAAUGCUGAUCACGUGGACAACUAUGGUCAGACAGCUCAGCCAUAUAUUGAUAAUUUUAUUAAUUGA